UACCAGUCAAAAAAAAUAACUUAAAAGUUUGUUUCUUGGUUUUUCUGCAGGGUAAGUGACUUAAACUUAUAGAUUUUCUUUGAUAUUUGACACCAGAGCAAUGCAUCAGGACUAACCUUCCUAGGUAAGUGUAGUACUGUAAAACUAUCAGGCUAUCUUGACGAACGCUAUAGCGGUACAGUAAACCGUUAAGUUCAAAAUGCAGCCAUGAUAAUCAAGGAGAAGUCCUCCUUCAUUGAACCAAUGACGCCAAGAGGCUGCAUUCGACAACAAACAACUCUUCUCAUAUUAUAAAGCCAGAACAAUUCGGCCUCCACGAAAAGUUACGCAGAGCUAGCGGAUCUCCUGCUUUCAAAGUUAGCUGUGCUUCCGCUUUCAUUUUCAUUCCAUUGCCUCUCUGUGUUAUCUAAUGCUUUGACUAUAAUCGUUGAAAUGCAUAAAAGUCUAUUGCUGGAACGAGUGCGUUCUGCUUAUCAUUUGGUAACUAUUUAACAAUUUGUAGAUGGAAAUAAGAGAGAUGGUAAGUUUUGAGCUCGGUAAAGAAAUAAAGAAAGAUGUGUUUCGUCGUGUAACGAGCGUGCAGGGACUAUGAAAAAAUUCUGAGUCUCCAUGAGGAAUCAAACCUCAGACCUUCGGAUUCCGCGCUCCGAUGCUCUACCAGUGAGCCACAGAGACUCCACAGUGAGUGAGGUCUAUUACGAAGUUCAUCAUUUAACAAUUACACAUGGAAAUUUUUUGAUAAUCAUGGUAUGAGGAGUUACGACAUUUGUAAACACUCAUGAUGGAUUUGACUCAUGAUGGAUUACUGGAGCAUUAACGAGAACUUUGAAGAAAGACAAAUAUUGACAUACUGUUAAACGAUUCUGCAAUUUACGACUCGAAAAAAAGCAAAAGAUUAAUUCAUGAAAGCGUCACGCGUUAUAUGACGCGGGGUUGAGUUACGCGAGAAACCGUUGGGAAUUUGAACGCGUUGUAAGGAAUAGUAUGGGGAAAGAAACAUGGUCGAUUUACAUCGCUAAAUAUUCCGAUAUAUGAAAAUUUUAUCCGUCAGAUUAUUUGAACUUACUCACACCUUGAGUGCCCUUUGUAGUUUUUGGCGUUCUCUGCCGUUUAUAGCUUGCUUUGGGCUUGCUUUGCCAUCACUGUUGUUCGGCCUGUUAGAAGACAGAGUAUUAUAAGGCUUACAUACGACAUAUAUAAGACUUAUAAAUCUUAUAAGUCUUAUGAGUCUUUCAUGAAUUAGUCUUUUUCCUUUUUCUCGAGAAGUGUGCUUGAGACGCCUGUGGUACAACCUGAAAGUUUUUACUUCUGCCAAAAUCACGAUAUUUGGUUUCAGGUUGGUUUGCUAGAAAAGCAGUUGACAUUCGUUAAACUUUCUUCCUGUUAAUUUUAAAAUCGAUGGACUUUGUGUUUUCCAAAGUUAAAACAAUUUGGUGCAUUCAGCCAAAACACUGAAUUGUCUAAUAAUGAAUCGAAUUCUCCUCAAGUACGGGUCAUUAUUUUUCGCCGGGGGUGUAGGAGGAUUUUGAGUUUCUCAAUAAAAUUUAAUUGAUCUUCCCACAAGGCUCUGUGACAUUCUUAAAGUCCCCCCUCAUUGGCAGAUAAUUGGCACGAUUGAUUAGCAUGACUCUAACAUCGUAAGACCAACGAUUAAAAGUUCAUUUAUCGAAAGAAAAUUUCGUUUUUUAUCCCGAUUGCUUUUCUUGAUGGUUAGAGUGGCUAACAGUCUCUUUUCAGUGUUGUAUGAAGGGAUUUGGGAUAGACUUAGUUUUCAAGCAUUUAAAAAAUUCAGGACAGUCUUGGGAUAACCCUCGUGGUACAAAAAAUGGAAAUUUUAUGUGAAACCUGAUGAAAUAGCCUUAGUAAUUCAUGUCUUUUCCAGGAGUCCUCCCGAAGGGAACAUGGCCGUGAGCUGGUUGAGGUGCUUUAUGCGCGCAACCAUCCUGUAUGGUUCGCUCACAUACCAAGAGGCAAAUGGCAUCAAAACUCAAUCACGAGAUUGUCUUCACGUGGAUCCAGCUGGUAACAAAUACAACUUGACUUCGUUGCGAAAUACAGAUGAAACAGCGAGGUGAGUUAAAUUUCAGAGAAGUAUUUUACCAUGAUAUCUGGGAAUUGGACUAGCCUAAUACUAAUACUCAGUGUGAGCAAAAUGUAUGAUAAAAACAUCGAUGACGCACUCAGCUGCGCCUCGUGUGCCGGUUAUUUGCUCUUACAACAUUUUAAAGUUGUCUACAAACUAAUACUGAUAACACGCGCGGCAACAUGGAAUCUAUUUGAUAAAUAUACAUAUCCCAGAGUUGUCUUGGAUGAGGUUGGCCACCGAUGAGGCGAGUUUACUUGUAUCAAGGAAAAGAGCAAUAUUAUACUGCAAUAUGACCAAUUGCAGAUAAAAAACUUGAAAAAAGGUUUGACAGAUUUUCAGGUUCGUUUUCGCCGUUGCUUAAAUCGUAGCACACGAGGAUCGUAUUUCUUUUGGAAAUUCGCGGGCAUUUUUUCAUCGCGAUUUUUGUCUGCCUGAUAAUUGUUCAACUACUAAGGUGGCAAGCCUUCUCUUUGAGAAACUCUUAGCAGCAACAGCAGCACAAAAACGUUAUCAUUUAGUUGUAGCGCCGAACCGAUUAGGAUCAGAAGCCCUGUGAUCACAACCUUUCAUGGCUCCUUGUUUUAACGGUAUCAAGUUUGCAAUCCGAAAUUUGGCGUAACUGAAUUUCCGAUGGAAUUCCUUACCAUUGCUAUUAAGAUGGACGCACUGUUGCAGAUGAUCAGAUUAUUAAAUCGCCGAAACUACCACUAACAACUCUUUAAUUAUGGAAAAAUGCAUCUACAAAUACAGCUCUAGGGCGCUGGCUAAAUCUGACCGAAACUUCAUUUGUUAGCCCCCCUCUGUUAGAGGGCAUUUCUCAUGUUCUCUUUUUGACUUGAAUUUAUAAAACUCAGGUAGAACUAACUUUGAAACUGCAUAUGAAAUACGGAUGUAGCCGAUGUGUGCAGACCGGAGACAGCACGAACAUUAAAGACUAUUUUGUUGCUUCCGAAAUAGAUUCACGAUAACCUAUAGGGGAUACAAAUACAGCUUUAACCCCUGUGAAUCAUUCAAGAUAGGGAAGCCAUUUAGAGGAAAUGAAUGUCAUUCGGAUGUAGCGGUAAGUCUAUUGUGCUGUGAUCACACAUAUGGUUUCUAUAAUGGCAUCACGUAAAUUCUCGAUCGUCGUUGGACAAACCGGGGUCAUUCCCUUAUGCUAGAAGUAUAAUCCCAGCCAUGCUACACCCUCUUGCAAACGCCCAUAAUGUUAGUCUUUGGUACCUGUGACGCAAAAACUACUUCGGUGGCCGUGUUAAACUUUGUAGGAAUUCAACUGAAAAUCAAUAUUAGCAGGCACAGGAAAAGUUCAAAAAAGUUUUGGGGUCACCCAUGCAAUUAAAAUGUUGAUUGAGAGAGACAUUCUAUAUAAGUUUACAGCUUUAACUCACGCUAGGCUGUUUAAUAGUCGAGUUCUCUUUUUAGAUUUGCAGGUGGGUGGAAGAGCAAAUGUAUCACAAUAUAGGACAUCAGAGCACAGAAAAAUGUCUCUUAGAUAAGGACACUAAAACACCGAUGCUGGAAUAUACUGGGUAUGUUGACGAAGAACCGCAUUCUAUAGGUAUUAACUGUAAAAAAUUAUAUCUUUAUGAAUGCAACUCCAUGGUUCACGAAAACUAGUGUAGGUCACUCGAAUGCAACUUUAAAUUCAAUUCGGAAUUGCUUUAGUUUGCUUCUUUUUUUCUAUGUGAUUGGUCCAGAGAACUCGCGCCCCUAUAGCCAAUCAACUUCAAACUAUGUGCGAUCGCGACUUGUUCACUUGCGUUUUGCCGCGCUCCGGGAAGUUUAGAUGUGUUUACUUUGAGUUUCCCAUGAUUCCUUGUGAUACAAUCCUUGUUCUGAUUGGCUUUUACCACACUCAGUCAAAAUGUAUUCUAUACUCUUUGUAUGGUAUUUUUAGUUCGCUAGGUUUUUAUGCUUUGUGAACCAUUUAAAAUCUUAGAAAUUGUCAUAUUCUUAAGACCGCUUAUCUUUGUGCUUUAGGGAUAUCUACACUAAGACCUCACAUGUACUACUAAAAUGCGAUAAAACCGAGGAACGUCCAAGCUUUAAAGCUUUGUCUGUUGGCAAUCCACAGCUAUUUGUAAGUGAUGUAACAAGCAGUUGGUUUCGACCUAUGAUAUACUCACGAAAAGUGUCUUCUUCAUCUGAGCUGAAAUAUUUUUCUAGAUUAUAACCUUUAACCUUUGUGAUGGUCAACUAACUGAAGACACGAUCCUCGAAGGCGACCUGAAGUUAAAGAAAUUACAGGAAAGAAGCAUGACUGAUAUCAUCCUAGAUACUAGUUGGGAACUGUAACCAACUGAGCUGCGAAGCCAAUUUUAAGAGCAAGGCAAAAUUAAGAGGGCUCUUUUCUCCCGUAAAGAAAUCUGGUCACAGUUUGACUCUUUUUGUAUAAUUUCUUUAAUUUCAGCCCAAUUGUGAGGAUAAUUUCUAUUCUUGAACAUUAUUUGGAGGUGAAACAUUUAAUUGCAUUGGGAUUUGUAGUGGUCAAAAAUAGAACAAUGCGUGACUUUGGUAUGGCCCUUGAGGAUUUUCAUAUCCUGAUAACUUGAACACCGUGUAACGGGUAAAGACUGGUAUAGUUGGAAGAGAGACUUUUUAACACAGAUUAUGUCUUUGCAACGACUAGUCAUACUUAAUACUCUUUGUUAGCAGCUCCCACUCUCUCUCUGUCUGCUAGAAAACUAUUAAGUUUGCCUUUGCCGUUUUAGGUGUUCUCACUAACACACAAAUGUGCCUGUCCCAAUCUGUGUCUUUAUAAACACGUCACACCUUCUAAGCAGCCAGGUCCAAGUAAUCCAAGUAAGUUCAAAGUUUAAAUCGUUAUUAGACUUACAUGACCAGAUUGGUUAACAUUGUAAUUUUUAGCUUCCUCAGCAUGCCAUGUGAUGCAAAUGCAUUCACUCACUUAAUUAUCUGAGUCCAAAUGUAUGUAAUGGCAGGCGUGACACAUGCCAUCUCACCGAUUUCUUUCAAACUUUCACAGUUUAUGAGUCAAUAAGUUAUUCAAGAAUCCAGAGAGGUUCGGAAUCGCUGUGCUACGGAGUCGCGGUGCAAUUUACCUCAGGGAUUUGAUGUGGGGGCUCUAAUACCCCAGGGAUUAGCCGCGAGCCCGAACUUCUCUGGAUUCUUGAAUAACUUAUUGACCCUCAUAAACUGUGAAUUUUGAAAGAAAUCGGUGAGAUGGUAUCUGUCACGCCUGUCCGGUUCUCUCGUGGACAGACCCUUCACAAACAGCGUAUGACAUUGAUCAUUAAGGAAGAUGUUUACUCAGUUUACGUAGAUGUAUUGAGCUUGGUGGUGUAUUUUCUGAAGUAUACCAAGCGUUGACGUUGCUAGCGUUAGGUGCUCAUAAUAUCUACUUCUUCAAUACUACUGAAAACGAGCCCACGAAGCGCCAGGAAACCAAUCUUUUUAACGUUCAGAACUUGAAAUGGAUAAGGGUUUUCAGUCCAACUAACGUUAUAUCCUGCCGAGAGAGUGAUUUCAAUCUAAUUUUUUCUGAAAACUUUUCCCUUUUACCUGCGCAGAUGAUAACAACAUGGUCAGCGUCGUUGCAGGUAGUCUUGGUAGCCUUGUUUUCGUUGCGUGUAUCGUCAUGGUAAUCCUUCUGAUUGUAAGGAGGAUGAAUAGACCGAAUCCUCAGAAUAGAGGGGAAGAUCAACCCAUUUUGCCUGAACCAGCCACCAUAAAUCGAUUUUCCAGCAUCAAUGAAGACAGCGAACGUUUGGGGAGCGAACGUUUGGGGAGGAACUCACCUUCCGGAACGUUCUUAGAUUACUCACAGUUUGAGAAUGAAAUUACAGAGUCACAGGAGGAUCCUCCUGACGGUAAAAACAAAUCUUGUGCAGAGAAUCGGUGCUGAGGGUAUCCACUGGUGUAUUAUCAAAACUUUUCGCAGCCUUGAAGCAUGGUCCAGAUAUUAUAAUAUUAGGAUCAAAAAGUAUCUUUAUACGGAUUGUUUCGAAAAGAAGGAUUUAUGGCUGCAUGUUCAAUUCUUAAAUUUUAGUGUAGAUUUCCAACAUACGAUGAUUUUACUGAUUGCUCAGCUUUUCUGUUGACAUGACAUUUGCCACAACCAGUGUAGUGUGACAUUGGUCCGAUGCACGCGUAAUUGACGACAAAUAACUGUAUGGUUAAAUUUGUAAAAAACGAUUUUCAACGUAAAAUAGUCCUCUUUUCCCACGCUGGUGUGUACAAAUAAUCUAUCAACGAUCAAUGAAGAACUAAGAUUAAGGAACAGUGUAAUUUCUUAAAGGGAUC